UAUCGCCCCUCCGACAGUCAGAAACAUGGCGUUGCGGGAGCUAUCCUCGCUGGAGAAAUACUUGGGACUAAAAAAGCCGAAUAAGUACAGCACACAGGGGGAUAAAAAGGUACCUGUGCUACAGAAUAAUAAUGGUCCUCCACUGCUGGGGCUGGCAACCAUCGCCUGUCACCUGGUGAAAGAAGCCAAGCGCCCAGAGCUGCUGGGUGACACUGCAGAAAACAGGGCAGUGGUGCAGCAGUGGCUGGAGUACAGAGUGACCAGGCUGGACAGCUGCACAAAGGAAGACAUCAAGAUCAUCCUGAAGGACCUCAACCUCUACCUGCAAGACAAGGUCUACCUGGCAGGGAACCAGUUCACUGUAGCCGACACUCUCGUGUACUAUGGAAUCCAUCCGCUCAUGGUGGACUUGGCCGUCCAGGAGAAGGAGCAGUAUGUAAAUGUUACGCGGUGGUUUGACCACAUCCAGCACUAUCCUGGCGUCCGACAUCACCUCCCUCCAGUAGUUGUGCUCAGGAACAGAAUUUACACCAGCAGACACCACUGAGACCUGAUCCUCGCCUCCCCACCUACCCAGCCUGACCCACCACACCUCUUCUGUCCUCUGGACCAGACCUGGGCAUUUAAUUUCUUAAAACCCAAGAGUGUAUCACGAGCGGAGGAUAUCUCCAUACAGUCAAAUCAAUCUUGUUUGAAUCAUGAUUCCUGCCUCCAUGUUUUUCUACUCACAUACCUGGACUCUAUCUGUUUGAUCUUUGCUUAACCAGGAAGUUUUGGUGGGUAAAAAAUGUUUUAGUGUCCAAGGUACAACUAAGAAAAUUACUGCUAAUAAAAAUCCCUUUCAGUUCAUGUUCUUAAAACAAUGUCGGUGUUUUUAAUAGUUACUUUGCCCGGCAGCACUGGGUUUUGGCUUUCACAGGGGUUGGGGGAGGAAGAAAGAAGGAUUUGUGUUAUCUUAACCCCUCAAUCACUCAAUCACUCAGUCAUCUUUACACUAUUUAUAAAAGGAAAAAAAUCUGGUAUCUUAAUCGUUAUUCGCCGAUGAGGGAGUAAUGACGUGCGAUGGGCACAUCAUUUGUGUUUUUUGUUGGGGAUAUUUGUGUGACUUUCAAAAGUCUCAUAUGACUGUUUUCAAAGGGAAGUCUGUAUGGGUUGUGGUAAAGUGCUGCUAGCUUGGAAAAAAAUUUGCUUUUAUUUAUAAAUGAAGACUUUUUUGUUUAAUGUGAGCGUUGAACGUACAAUGACAAGUAUUACAAGUUCAAAGAAGGAUUGUGCUUAACUAGCAGUACAUGAUGUCCUUGGGAACAUGCAGCAUCCUACCUGCCAUGUCAUUGCAUUUCCUCACCAAAUUAAUGGGCUGGCUGGCUCAGCAUCGUUGCCCCACAAGGACCACAGUCCUUUGCCAUUUCUCUGCUGCUGUAUCUCAUCAGUCUUUGUGCUCUUUUCAGUCCUAUUAUUGUUUUUGAUAGGAUUUUAUGCUUUUGCAUGCAACUCUUGGCCAUUUCACUGGACAGUUUAGUUUCUCUCUGUAUGUAUGUGUGUGUGUUUUUGUUCAUUCCUGAUUACACCCCUGCUCUCUGUUCCACUUCCUCACCACCAGUUGUGUGGGCAGCAGUGAGCAGUUGAGCGUCAGCCCCAGAGUCAGAGAUCAGAGUGAGGCUCCAAUCAGUCCCACUACCACCACUGUUGAUGCUGCAGGCCAGAGAGAGGGCAGCGGGCUCACCAGCUGCCACACAGAUCCAGCCAGCCAAGGCCAGAACCCAGGGCCCUGGGCGACAGUCAGCCACUGUGUGUCAUUUCAACCCUCACACUCCCACGGGGGCUACUGGAGAGAGAAGGACGAAGGGAGGCAGCGAGGGAGCAAAGGAGGGAGGCCACACGGAGAAAAAGAGCACCCAGAGGCCGAGGGAUCUUUUUGUGGCAUGUGAACAAUGAUCUGUGCCUCUGAAAGCCUUACUGCUGCUGGCUGCGUGUUUGCUAUUAGCACCAUUAACAGGCCAGAUCACGGCAGUGGUGGCAGAACCUGUAUAUUAACAUCAUGAAGGUAGUGAUUAUUAGUGGGGAAGACACUAAAUACAUGUUUGGUUUAGAGGAAUAAUUCAAAUUUGCCUCUUACUGGUUCGCAAUGUCAUUACUUUGUAAUUGUAACACUUGGGUAGACUGAAAUUGUGUAGCCCAUAAAUGAUCAGAUUGAUAUCUUUAUCUAAUAACCUUAAGAUUCACAGUUCUCUAAUUAAUGCUGACUUUUCACCCAUGUUUUUAAAUCCACAGGCUGUGCAUAUCGCCUGUUGCUUAAAGCUAAUUGGUUUUGUUAUCAGAUGUAAACAUGAUGUUAAUCCUGUGCCAAUAAAUCAAAGGGAUACACAUCUCAUGA